AUGCCUUUCCUUGCGAUACCAUUUUCUGUAAAAGUAGCCCUUGCAGUAGGCGGAGUUGCUGGUGCUGGGUUAGCAAUUGUUAACAACAAGGAAACUAUCUUGCAAGCAGCUGAGAACCUUUUCAAUCGAGGUGCCGAGUAUUGUCAUGAAAGGCUUGAGAAACAAAAGAUUAAAAAUGAUGGUGUUUUUGCUGAUGGCUAUGAAGAUGGUGCAUUUGCUAAAGAAGAAGAGGAAGGAAGAUCAACUGGGUAUGAAAGCUUUACUGACAUUGAAACGCCAAAUACAACUGAUUUUCUGGAGAUUGAUACCGAUAUUGAACCCGCCGACGAUGGUGAUGAUUUAGAAGUUGAUUGA